AUGGCCUGGACUCCUCUGCUCCUGGCGCUCCUCUCUCUCUGCACAGGGUCCCUCUCCCAGUUUGCCAUGACCCAGCCGGCCUCCCUCUCUGCAUCUCCUGGAGCCACAGUCAGACUCACCUGCACCUUAAGUGGUACUGGUUCCUAUCCUAUUAGUGAUUACUGGAUAACGUGGAUCCAGCAGAAGCCAGGGAGCCCUCCCCAGUUUCUCCUGCAAUAUAAGUCAGACUCAGAGAAGUAUCAAGGGUCCGGGGUCCCCAGCCGUUUCUCUGGAUCCAAUGAUGAUUCGGCCAAAGCAGGGCUCCUGACCAUCUCGGGGCUGCAGCCUGAGGAUGAGGCUCACUAUUACUGCGCUACUCCUGUUGGCAGUGGAAGCAGCUACCGUUACCCACAGUGUCUCUGA